UGGUGGAUGGGCCAAGAGAGGACGGUGCUUCCAUUACAUAUAAAAUAUAUUAAUUUAAUGAAAAGCUCAGGGGCAGGCUGGAGUUAAUCCCUGUGGCUCCCUGACCCCUCCGGCAGGAUGGAUGUCACAGCCUGCGAAAGGGACGCAGUCUCUGGGAGCAGGAGCUCUGCCUAGAGAGAAUGGCUCUGGGGGCUAGUGAAGCUGGGAGAUUGGAACGGCUCAGAAAUGACUCCACAGGACUCCGCAGACCAAGCUACGAUGACGGGGAAGGUUCCCUCGUUCUCCCCCGGCUCCACAGUGAGCUCCGCUCUGCCCGGCUUCGUCGUUCUCUGCCUCGCUCUACAGGUUCACAGGCUGGCGUCAGCACAGUUCAUAGUGGCUGGACCUGACCAUCCAGUCAUUGCCUCCCUAGGUGGGGAGGCCGUCCUGCCCUGCCACCUCUCCCCCAGGAUGAGCGCUGAGAACAUGGAGGUGAGAUGGUUCCGAUCCCAGUUCUCUGCAGUCGUGCACCUGUACCGUGAUGGGCAGGAUCAGUACGGACAGCAGAUACCGGAAUAUCGAGGAAGAACUGAGCUCUUAAGAGACCACAUCACCAAUGGGAGUGUUUCCCUGAGAAUACGCAAUAUCCGACCCUCUGACAAUGGACAGUACAAGUGUUUUUUUCAGUCCAGUGUCUCUUAUGAAGAUGCUAUAUUGGAACUACAUGUGGCAGGUGUGGGCUCUGCUCCUGCCAUCUCUGUGGAGGGACAUCAGGACGGAGGGAUCCGGGUUGUGUGUCGAUCGGCCGGAUGGUACCCACAACCCGAGGCUCAGUGGAGAGAUCUCCAGGGGCAGAUCUUAUCAUCAGCCUCUGAAAAAAUAUCCCAAGAAGCUAAUGACCUUUUUCAAACAGAGAUUGCCAUUGUUAUACCAGAAGCGUCCAACCAGAAAGUGUCCUGCUGUGUCAGGAACCUCCUUCUCAACCAGGAGAGAGAGUCAGAGAUUUCCAUAGCAGAGCUGUUUUUCCCGAGGGUCAAUCCCUGGAUGGUGGCUCUGGGGGUGAUCCUGGUUCUCCUGGCUGUUCUCAUUCCCCUGUCCAGUUACUGCUUCUGGAGGCAGCACAGAGCAAAAGACAAACUCCAGGCUGAGCUCAGGUGGAGAUGCGCCCAGCUCUACGCAGUGGACGUGACUCUGGAUCCAGACACGGCAAAUCCCUACCUCGUCCUGUCUGAGGAUCGGAAACGUGUGAGAGACGGAGACACACAACAGAAUCUGCCCAACAACCCUGAGAGAUUUGAUCCUUGUGUCUGUGUCCUGGGCGCUGAGGGGUUCGCGGGCGGGAGGCGUUACUGGGAGGUGGAGGUGGGAGACAAGCCUGAGUGGGCUCUGGGGGUUUGUAGGGAAUCUGUGAGCAGGAAGGGGGACAUCACACUCUCACCUGAGGAUGGAUACUGGGUCGUGUGGCUGAGGGGUGGGAGAUACAAGGCCCGCACCUCCCCCUCGACCCCCCUCCCCGUGAGCGUCAGGCCCAGCCGGGUGGGGAUUUUCCUGGACUAUGAGGCGGGCGAGGUCUCGUUUUACAAUGUGACUGACAGGUCCCAUCUCUUCACUUUCACUGGCACCUUCUCCGGGACGCUCCGCCCUUAUUUCUGUCCUGGUCUCAACGCUGGGGGUGAAAACGCGGCUCCCCUGAUCAUCUGCCCGGUCCCAGCUCAGGCCGGGGGGAAUCUCUGUCCCUGACAGUGACCCCGCGGCACAGACUGUCCCCUCCCAGCGCUGCUGCUCUUCCCGUCCCCAGUGGUGGGGGCCAGUUACUGCAGCAACUGGACAUUUUGUGCUGACCGGACGCUGCCAGUUUCCCUGUUCAACUGGAGCUUCCAGUCGAAAAACAGACACCUGGGAACCCCCAGCCCUCACCUUCCCCGUCCCCUGCCCCAGGGGUAGCAGAUGGGGGUGGAUGGGGUCAUUUACCCCUGUCAGAAUUUUCUACCCCUGUGAAAGCUCAACGUAAAAUAUGAAAGAAAAAAGAUUAUUCUAAUUUAGAAAAUAUUAUUGUAACAAGGUGUAAAUACAAGAACAUUUUAAUUUACAUUUCAACAGUAUUUCAAAAACAAGCAUCUAAACGUAUUUUUAGAAUUGGAAUUAUUUACAUUUAUUUUUUGAUUCUUCCCUCAAGUCUAUAUUGAAGUUUAACUUCUCUAAAUAACGUCAUUUGUAUUUCAACUGUGGAAUUUCAAGAAAUCCAAAAUAUUUAUCUUAACAAAAUAAACCAUUACA